UGAUUAUAUAUUGUAGCGGACGGGCGUAUCGUAUGGUACGUACUGUCACGGUUGACGGUCCUAUUACAUUACGGGGGAUCCACCUGGCCUUUGCAACUUCAGCUUCAUCUUGAUCUUUCUUUACUUCAACACUUCACACUCCAGUUCUCACCCUGCCUAUUACAACUCUCGUCCUACGUACUUGGUGUUAGACUUUCUAGUAACUUACUACCCUCUUUGCGCUUCCGUGAGCUCCUCCUUCUCCGUUCCGUUGUACCGAUCACUGGUUCCUCUCGGGACACAGCCGGCCCUCUCGAGAUGGCUACAAGAGCCGCCAACAAACGCCUUGUGCGCGAAUACCAGAACAUCCAAAAGAACCCGCCACCAUAUAUCAUAGCACACCCCUCCGAUUCAAAUAUUCUAGAAUGGCACUACAUAAUCACCGGCCCCCCUAAGACCCCCUACGAAAAUGGCCAAUACUGGGGUACCCUAAUGUUCCCACCAGAAUACCCCUUCGCGCCCCCCGCAAUCCGCAUGCACACCCCAUCCGGUCGCUUCCAAUCCUCUACUCGCCUCUGUCUCAGCAUUAGCGACUUCCACCCCAAAUCCUUCAAUCCAGCCUGGGAAGUCUCCACAAUCCUCAUCGGCCUCCUCUCCUUCAUGACUAGCGAGGAGAUGACGACGGGCUCCGUUAGCGCCUCCGAGUCCGAACGCAAGAUCCUCGCUGCGCGCUCGAGAUGGUGGAACUCGACGGGCGGCGGGUCGUAUACCAAGGCGGUGCCAGGCGUAUCGCCAUCGACCAGGGGGGUUGGGAGUGUGAAGGCUGGUGAUGGAGGGUUGAAAUUUCGCACAGAGUGGGCAGAUGUAGAUAAGGAGAAUUGGAAGUGGAUGGAGGAGAAUCGGGUGGAUCCAGCUACGGGCCAGUUUUUGCCGGAUCCUAAUAGUGGCGCUACUACCAAUGGUGGGGGUGGGAGUGGCGCCGGUGGUACAAGAUGCUCGCCGGAAGCGAGUGCUUUGCGCAGACGACAUGCGGGGAGUGCGGCAGGCCUUGGUGCUGUGGUAGAAGGUGGUCAAGCUGCAAGGGACGUGGGUCAGAGUUGGAUUCGACGGCAUAAGGUAUGGGUUGGGCUGAUGGUGGUGCUGGGAUAUGCGUUGUUGAUUAGACUGUUUGAUGACGGGAGCGGAUAAGAUUUGGACGGAUGCACUUUACAUUUGAACACGUUGGUGUUUUCUGCCAUCCAUCAUGAGCUAGGAAUGGGUGAACAUGAAGGAGAAAAGAUGUAUUUUCAGGACCACUCGCCAAAGAACGACCUUUCGCAUCUACAUUCGCUUGGGCACACUUACCACGCGGACAGCUUGUAUACAUCAGCGACAAGCCUUGGCCGGAAAUAUGAAUGCAGCAUUUCAUAAACUUCGCCUACCUGAAUGACGCCAGCACGCGAAUCAAACAACAGAGCAAGCAACGUAAGUUGUUAUUUAUUAGAGAGAAAGAUGUUUUCUUUUCUUUUUCUUUUCUAUUUUACUCCCGUUUUUUUAAUAUAGUUUUUAUUUGGGGAUGGGAGAGCGGAGGUGGCGCACGGAUGUAUUUUUCUCAUGUUUAUACUAUUUGCUGGUUGCUUUUCUUUCUAUCUUCUGUUUUUCUACCUUUUGUCCUUUAUACCAGUUAGUAUCCCAAUGCGGGGUCCCCCCUACCUCUCUGGAUAUAGUGCGUGGUAUGUUUAUAUAGCAUGUUACGGGCGUAUGAAUCUUGAGAUGGCAUGGGAUGGGAGGGGAGGGGAGGGGAGGGGACGGAUUGCCUUUCUAUUCUCACGGAAAUUAAUGUCUUUUUUUCAAUCGCUAUGUAAUGUAAUGUAUUUUAUUCUUCGCUUUUCUCUUAAGCAAAGUUUUCUCCUGUAUCUCCUAUGGUUGUCCCCAGCUCCACUAAGACCCCGAACAAAACAGCCCUUAAAACGUGCAAUAAGAAGACGUCUAUCACAUACGAACAUAGGGAGUGGAAAAUAGGGCUUCCCGUCCGCUCAGCCGUACUCAAGCCACUUUACAACAUGCCCAACUACAUGUCGAGCCUCCAAGUUGCUACUACUUCAAGAGUGAUG